AUGAAACCAAUCCCUCAUCUUCAUGCAAGGAUAUGAACUUUUACAAUAACCUACCUAGCAAUCGCAUCACGACAUACAGCAAUUCAAAGCUGGUCAAUGGUUAAACCUGAGGUAGGAGCAGAUUUAUCGAUGAAUUCUACAUGGCUAGGAGUGAUGGAUUUCACAUUUUUACUAUGCUAUGCUACAGGGAAUUUUAUCAGUGGAAAUCUUGGCGAUCACACAUCAUUAUCCGCAAUAACAUCAAUCGGCAUUGGUUUAGGUGGUUGCGCUUACUUUAUUAAUGCCCUUUUAGGAAAACUGAAUUUCAGCAACCCUUGGAUUUUUGCAAUUUUAUUUGGCCUACAAGGAGCAUUUCAGUCAUCAGCGUGGCCAGCAUCAGUCGCCAUUAUGGGAAACUGGUUCCCAAGAGACAAAACAGGACGAAUUGUUGGCUUUUGGAGCUCAAAUACUUCAGUCGGACACUUGCUAGGAGCUCAAAUGGCGGGAUUUUUAUUAGUUUAUGGAGUUUCUUGGGAAAUCAUUAUCAGUAUUUCAGCAACUUUCAUGAUUUGUGUAGGACUAAUGUUUUGGUUUUAUGGAAAAGAUAGGCCACCAGAGCAUGAAGCUGAAGAAGCCUUACUAUCAAAAUCCAUGACGGAAAAUAAAAUUAUUUUCAAAAAUGGUAUAAACUUUUGGAAGGCUUGGAGACUUCCAGGGGUCCUUUAUUACUCCUUAUGCUAUGCAUGUGUGAAAAUGCUUAACUACGCAAUACUGAUGUGGCUUCCUUAUUUCUUAGAUGACGAAUAUAAUAUCGACAAAAGAUAUAUAGGGUUUAUGGCAAAUAUUUAUGACAUUGCAAGCAUAGUUGGAGCUUUUGGGUUCGGGUGGCUUACUGAUAAACUUAAAGCAAGAGGGCCCACACUUUGCUUAAUUAUGCUGUUUUCGAUACCAACUAUAUGGUGUUUUCAUAUAGUCCCACAUGAUUUAUGGUACUUAAUUUUUGGAGUUUGUAUAUUACUUGGAGCUUUAGCAGGGACUGCUGGACAUGGGUGAUGUUAAAAUAAAGUAAAUGUACUUUUUCAACCCUUUCCCAAAACCUAUAAAAAUGACUGUAAUUUAAAAAUGUUCUUUUGCAUAAAAAAGUAUAAAUGGUACUUUUUGAAUAUUUCCAAAUAGGGUUGAAAAUAGUAAAAAGUGUUUAAAACAGCAAAAACAGAGGAGUACGUAUAAAAUCUAUAUUCUAUCAAGAUUAAGCAAAUUUAAAAAAAAAGCUCAAGAUGGGAUUGUAUAAUAAAAGAUAUUUUUUUCAUACAAAAAGAGGAUUUUUUAAAUUACAGAAUUUUUAACCUCACCCGCAGGACAUUUGAUAUCAGCAGCAGUGCCUAUUGAUAUAGGAAAGCAUGAACACUUAGAAGGAAACGAAGAAGCUUUGGCAACUGUUGCUGGAAUUGUGGAUGGCACUGGAGGACUAGGAGCAGCCUUUGGGCAAAUACUAAUCGGAUAUCUGGCUUCUUUUGAUUGGAUGUAUGCGUUUGUGUUUAUGCUUAUUGCAGCAUUUAUCUCACUUUUAUUGCUCAUCCCAAUUUCCAUCAGAGAAUAUAAAGAAGCAAAACUUAUUAAAACAAAUAAUAAAAUAGUUUAA